UAUUUCAGUUGGGCCAGCUAGUUUUAUUCUCUCUCUCUGUCUCUCGUAUUGCCCAAACAUUUCUUUGAUCUUAAAAAUAAAAAUAACAAAAUAAGGACCCCUUUAGCUGGCGAGCGCUCGCAAGGAGGGGGUGGCAUUGGCGAAUGGUUUCUCUAGCAUUUUUUCCUUGCGAUGGAUGUCGGUUACUUUAGAGCAACAUGGCAGUUUCUGUCAGAGAAGACAAUUUGUCUACUUCUUUUAUGGGCAUUUCGCCGACCAAUUGAGCAAUAAUAGUUUUACAAUGUUUAUUAUUAUAAUUUUCUCUAACAUGUACAUAAAAAGGAAAAAUCAAAAUUGCACUUUGAGGACUCUAUCCAUAUCUUCAAGCGCCGCGUAUUUUGUAGAGUUAAUUACACCUAGGGUACAUAAAUUUUCGCGGUGGUAGCGAAUCCAUACACAAACAAAAAAACCCCGUAAAAGUCAUACAUUAACUCUGAUGCGGAUUUGUUAGCUACAAAACGCAUGCAAAGUGGACAGAUGGGCUGUCACGCACGCAAUGGGGUCGACCGUGUAUGCAUUUGUAUCUUUACAGUUACCCUCCUCAGUUUACCGAGAUUUAACCCGUGGCCAUUCUCUUUGUAUCCCAAUCCCCUUCUUCAAAUCCCUAGCUGCGAAGGCGACGCGGCCGGCCGGCCGUCGUGCGUCAUGGAGAGACGACGCGGUCGUGCGCCAUGGAGAGGCCUUGGUCGCGGCUUCAACCAAGCCGGCGGCUCUGUCAAUGGCGGCUUCGACCAAACCGACGGCGGCUCUGUCAACCAAGGCGGCGGCGGCGGCUCUGGCACCGGAUGCGACAUGGAUGGCGAGUGGAGAGUCACAUCAGAGCUUAGUUUUGGCUCCAAAAAAGCGAUGAAGGGGGCAUGCGGAAUUACUGUAUCCAAUGAAGGAUUUGAUGCGGCUGAAUGUGGGUGCGAAUUGACGCCAGUUGUUAGGGUUUGCAAUGAAGGAUUUGAUGCAGGCCGGCGAUUUCUGAGUUGUCCAUAUGAGGGCAGAUCAAGGGUGGUAAUUCGAAAGCUUGCAGAUGACAACCAGAAGCUACAAAAUGCUUUGCUUGACAAAGAACAAGACAUUCAGAGGAUGAAGAAAGAGAGGAAUAAAUUAGAUGAGCAGAGGAAAAGUAGGGAAAAAUUAGAUUUGUUUCUAGUACUUGUUGUUCUUGCAAGUGUAGUGAUUUAUGCUCUAGUUGCAUUGGUUAGUAGGGGAUUUGUGUGA